AUGGGGUUUAAACGUUUUGUUUUUCUCAACUCUUUUGAAACCUCGAUAAUCUCUGAUCGUAAUGGCCGCCGAGAAGAGGACGUGGCCGCAGAACUCGAAGCCGUCCAGGCUGUCUACGGCGACGACUGCCACGUUCUCGAUUCCUACCCUCCCCGCCUCCGCCUCCGCCUCCGCCUCCGCCUCCACAUCAAACCCCGCACCGCCGACGUCGCCUCCCAGCAGUUCGUCGAAGCUGUAAUUGAAAUCCGAGCAGGUCCUCAGUAUCCGGAAGAACCGCCGCAUAUUUAUGUUGUGGAUUCAAGGCAGAAGCAUCUAACGAAUUAUAUAAGAGACAAAGCUCUCGAGCUUUCGUCUUGUUUGAUGCUUGUGGCUGUUUGUGAGGAAGCAGUGGAGAUGCUGUCGGCUAUGAAUCAUCCGGACGGCGAUUGUCCACUGUGUUUGUGUCCUUUGGUGCCGGAGGAGGAAGAGGAGGGUAAAGUCUUGCCGUUUAUGAAGUUGAUGUCUUGUUUCCAUUGCUUUCACAGUGAGUGCAUUAUUAGGUGGUGGAGUUGCAUCCAAACAGAGGCAAAAAUCAAUGCUUCAUCAAGUGCACAAAUGUGUUCUGUCAGAGAGACCAGAGAUCACAAAGAUACAGGGGGAGCUGUGGAAGAGAGUAUGGGUAACUGUCCAGUUUUCCGCAAAGGCUUUCAUGCACAGGACUUAGAACAUGUGCUUCAUUUGGUUGGCAACAAAUUCUCUCAAGUUAGCUUGGAUGAAACUGAAGACGAUGACACUCAUGACAGUGCAAAAUUUCUUCAGUCUGAUACAGAGAAGGCUCGAAGAGAGAACUUUGAGGCCAUAUUUAAGUUGUAGCAAGAAAACGGUGGUCUAAUUGAACCUAAGAAAAAUAUUGCCAUCGUACCUGGUAUGUUUCUUACACCACCAGUUGCACCCUCCAAUUCUGGGGCAGCCAAAGAAUCUCCUGAUGAGCAACAUAGAGAACCCCCUGUCACCCCGACAUGCAUUCUGGUGGUUCCUCGCGUAGGCAUGAGACCAACGAGCACAGGAGUUCCAGCUCGAGGAAGCAGAGAGCAAAGAGGACAUAAUCCAAGACAACCUGCCAAACAGUGGAUUAGAAAAGAAAGUGACAAGGCAAUGUGACCAAUUGGUAUGAAUGGUUCAUCUGGGAGCGUUUUCUGUCCCUGAGGUACCUAAAAGUUAUUCAAGUAGUGCUAUAUAUGAACAAUGUAAUUUGAAAGGAAGUUUGAAGAACACAUGUAGGCUGUGCCGGAGCAAAAGGAAAAACCCCCUCUGCUCUCAGCAUCAUCGGUGUCAUCACCACAUCUGUAAGCUCGUAACCUUUCCAUCUGUGAGCUCAUGCAUAUUGAAUUUCAAGGUAUGAAAUAGUGCUUUUGGUGAA